AUGGCAGAUGAUGGGCUGGGCGCACUGCGCAGUGGGAGAGAGGAGAAACUAUCCAGGCGCGAAGAGGGACGCAAUGUUAUCGUGCCCUGGCAAAGCCGCAAGCCGCAAGUCUGGGGGAAUGGAACAUGGGAUGGAAAUGAGAUAUCGGCGCUUGGUUGUCAGGAUUGGCCGGCCACCGAGUCAAGCACCGCGCACAGGAGGCAAGGAAGACGAGAUGCAAUUCAUGCCCAGCAGCAGCAGCAGCAGCAGCAGCAGCAGCAGCAGCAGAGCAUCAGCGGAUUCGAGCAUGGAAACGACGUUGGCGGCGAGGGCGGCGGUGUCUCUGCUCAGUCCUGGCAGCCCGCAGCCCGCAGCCUGCAGGUUUCCGUGGGUGACUGGGUGGGUGACAGGGAGACUUCAGGUGCUGGUCGCAUCUUCUCCACUUGGACCAUGUGA